GCCUGCUACAACACCGAGGCUAUAAACCACGGUCUCGAUAUCUUAAAUGUUGCAUUUGUACUAAAAUCGUGCUGUCCAUCCCGGCAACUCGUUGAGACUAGCCUAAGUUUCUAUGAUCUGUCGCCCGCCCUUGCUCAGCUAGCUCGAACAAUCCAUAGACAGAAAGUUCAUGGUCCUAGAUUUCCUCCUACAGCCGCCAUAACGAGUGUGUUGGCAAGUGUAAUCUUGACUUCCGAUUUUCGACAAAUUCCGUCAACUACCUUCGAAUUUAUCCGCGUAUCGAUUACUCAUAAUCUCAGGUUCCCACUCUUUCAAUCUAGACUUGCAGCUCUUCAAUUUUUGGUUUGAGUUGGUAUCAGUUCUCCCCUGGCCUCAAGCCUAUAACGAUAUGUCUGAAGAAUUCAACUUUCAACUGCGCUCUGGCGAGCAGCCGCCAAUUCUUCCAAAUACACGCCCUAUGAUGACAGAACGACGUCAAAGUGUCCCGGUGCAUUCAAUGUCCCGCUCAGAAAGUUUGGCGCCAGCCUCGCGACCUCAUAGCAUUAUGAGUACAGGGUCUGCAGGAAGCCGCGAUCGUCAUACUCUGGUUGCAAAAUAUCUUCAAAGACGAUGCAGUGCUGCCAAAUGGCUUCAACCUAUCGAGGAAGAGAAUGGCACCAUCAACGAAUCGUCGUGGGUGGGUGUUGCUAUGCGGCUUCCGGAUGGUAGCUACUACACUGAGCCACCAAACGUUGAUAACAACUUUUAUACUGUGAUGCAAUAUCUUGGUUGCAAAGUUGCCUUCACAAUGUCUUCAGAUAUCACUGCAGCAUUGAUGGACCAAAUUGGCCCUUUUCAAACAGAAGUUCAAGUGCAUCCACGUGGAAUUAGACUCCCAAUCGUCCAAAACCUUUCAGAACUUGCAUAUGGAGGUACUGGAGUAUCAAAAAAGUCGUACUUAUGUGUAUUGAGAGAAGAGAGGCUCGUUCUCAUUUGGAACGAGUCGGUUGAAAGCAUUAUGACACAUGGAGCAGAUGUUGAAGGUAUCCUCGUUGGUUUGAUCUGGGGAUCUCAUAUCGGUACCAUGACAGCUACUUCUCCAUACGCAUCCAUGACUCCACCUAUUGGACAAACUCCAGGUCAAACUCCCGGACGAACACCCUCAGCUAUUAGUGAGGAUCCUGAAUUCAACGAGAAAAUGAAUAUUGUUCAAGCCGCGAUUGAGCGCGAAGAAAACAAAGACACAAUUUUCAAUCCAGAUAUCGAGGCCGCGGCACCGCCAGAAAGACCCUUUCUAUUAUUACAUGCUGGUGUCAUUGGAUUUGCCAUGACUCUGGUGGUAUUCGUAGAAAUGCUUUGUGCGUCGCGUCUAAUAACAGAAUAUCAAUGGGAUGGUGGAGUACUCCGGUUUGCACUUGUCGCUGUUAUUCCAUUCUUCGCUUCCUUCUCUCUGUUUUUCAUGAUUGUCAUUGCGGGAAGUCUAUUCCAAUUAUUUGGACCCUUGACAUAUGUUCGAAAGAAUUCUCAGUUCUAUUCGGCCAAACCGCCCAAGAGGGGCCGUUACCCUGACUUAGAACUGCCACACAUCACUAUACAGAUGCCAGUGUAUAAAGAAGGAUUAAAAGGUGUUAUCAUUCCUACUGUGACUAGUAUCCUGGCUGCUAUUCGAUACUAUGAAGCACAAGGUGGCUCGGCUUCAAUCUACGUUAACGAGGAUGGAAUGCAAGCUGUAGAUCCUGAGCUAUGUGAAGCUCGAAAGACGUUUUAUGAGUUGAAUAACAUCGGCUACUGUUCCCGCCCCAAGCACACCCACAGCAAAAAGAAAUGGUAUCAAGGAAAGAAGGUACAAGAUAACCCUGAAGGAUUCCAGCGAAAGGGCCAAUUCAAAAAAGCGUCGAACAUGAACUACUGUCUCAGUUUCUCUAUUCGAGUUGAAGAUGAGCUACUGAGACUUAUUGCUGCCAAAUCUGCAGCGGAAGAUAGGCCUGAAGGUGGUAUUACUCCAGAUGAGGAAGACGUGCUUUACAAACAGGCUCUGGCGACUUGUCUUGAGCAAGAUGAAGGGCGGACUAUGGCUGGAGGCAAUGUUCGUAUCGGUGAUAUCAUUUUGAUCAUUGAUAGCGACACUCGAGUGCCUGAAGACUGUCUUCUACUGGGCGCAUUAGAAAUGCACGAGAGUCCUCAAGUGGCUAUCCUACAACAUGCCUCUGGUGUCAUGCAAGUUGCUCAUAAUCCUUUCGAAAAUGGAAUAACUUACUUUACAAAUCUCAUCUACAUGUCUAUUACCUUCGCAGUAGGAAACGGUGAUUGUGCUCCGUUUGUUGGCCACAACGCCUUUCUGCGAUGGAAAGCUGUACAGAGCGUAGCUUACGAAGAAGAUGGACAAUUGAAGUUCUGGUCUGACGAUCAUGUCUCUGAGGACUUCGAUAUGAGUCUACGACUUCAAAUGGCAAAGUUUAUUGUAAGACUGGCAACUUAUCAUGAAGGCGGUUUCAAAGAAGGCGUAUCCCUCACUGUUUACGACGAACUUGCUCGAUGGGAGAAAUACGCCUAUGGGUGCAACGAACUGGUUUUCAAUCCCAUCUACAAAUGGUGGCGAGGUCCAUUCACGAAGCUUUUCAUGAGAUUCCUUUGGAGUGACAUCAAACUCACAUCCAAAAUCACCAUUCUAGCCUACAUCGGAACCUACUAUGCGAUUGCCUGUGCCAUUCCACUUACCUUGGCAAACUACAUAAUGGUCGGCUGGUUCAAUGACUCACUAGAUCAAUUCUACCUCACCUCCUGGAAAAUCUUCGUCGGUAUGGCCGUAAUCUUCAACGUCCUGUCACCCCUCGCAUUCGCCAUGUUACGCCAUCGCCUUGGUGAAAAGGUCUUCGUCUACUCCAUAGUUGAAACUGCAAAAUGGACACCCAUGUUUGUUCUCUUCUUCGGUGGUAUAUCCUUCCAUCUUCUAACUGCCAUCUUAUGCCAUUUCUUCAGUAUCAAAAUGGAAUGGACGGCUACCGCCAAAGAAGUCGAAGCUGGCGGCUUCAGAAUUGGUUUAGAUAAGAUCUUUCGUGAUUUUAAGUGGAUGUAUUUAGUCAUGAUACCGAUUUUGGGAGGAAUGGUGUACCUGGGAGCCUUCGCACCUCGUGGCUUCGACAUAACGGAUUUCACAGCCAUCGUACCCCUUUCAAACCAAGUCGCAUGCCAUAUUUUACUUCCUUUUGCGCUAGGACUUUUCUAGAUACACCUAAUUCCAAUGCGAUAUCGGUAUAUAUCAUUGUAUAUAACAACUCAACUAUUAUACAAUCCAUAAUUGCACUCCUUAAUCGAACGAAUUUUUUAAAGAUCGUUAGCGUUUAAACGCAAACCUAGAAAGGACGAAAAACAGGGCGUUUGAUUUCUUCGGAGGCGCAUUUACCCCCAAAACAUCACUUCUAUCAUUUGUUUCGAGAUGGUACAACGGGACUAUUGUCCAAGGUAGAUAUAGCACUUGACUGUCAGAGAGCUUAUUGUAGUUCAAUGAGGAAGCACACUCUUUGAAAUUUGGAAUAACACAUGUGAUUAAGGACUGUUAGGUAUACCAAGAAAUUCUAGUCGAGGGUUUUAGAGGAGCGGGAUAUAAUAGAGCAUAGCAAACAGUUACAUUAAAUCAUGAGAGAAAUGAGAUGCAAAGUAUACA